GGUCUUGAGAGGAGUGGUGUGAGUAGUAGACCUGUACCAGUACAGAGGGAUAGUGAUAUGUUUCAGUAAGAUUGCAUUUUUAACAUUCAUAGCAAUGGUUAUCAACAGUAGGGAUGGAACGUAAGUCGCUGAAAAUUGAGGUUGUGGUGGCAUUUGCAGAGAGGUACUUGGGUGUGCGAGACUUGACAUCAGAAGAGUUACAGGGUGUUUAGUGAUGAUGUCCCACCCUUUCAGUUUGUUGGCAUGAGGUAGGACUAAAUAUAUAUAAAUAGUGGAGUGGGGUGGUGUUAUUUUUUGUGAGUGUGGUGUUAAAUGGUAGGGUAUUUAUUUAUUUUUUCAAGCAAAGUAUAAGGGAGUUGUACUCCAGUCUAGUAGGUGGCGGUAAUGCAAGAUCGGCCACCUUUUGGGCAUGGUGGAACGCAUCCAAUCACAUGAUUUAGCGCGGUUUAAAAUUCAGGAAGUGACGUUUAACAACGAACGCUUUCACUCGUUGGCAUGGAUUUCGGCAAAUAAACAACACUUUGGAGGGGGGUUUUGUAACGCAUUUGAACGUUAGCUACUUCAAAUUAGCAUAGUGUUUUGUUUAGUUAAUCUAGAUUGCGAACGGGAAUAUUUUUCCUACUCUGAAGUCUCUGGUGCAAGCUAGCUAGUUUAGCACAACUGGCUGGCCUUUGUUUGUCAUGGGUGUUUUUCAGACAGUGCCGUUGAUCAGCUAACUAAUAUUUUCGCCUUUCAACAUCCCUGAAUUUUAUAAAGAUGAAGAGAAAUGUGUCUCGAUUACGUUUAAGUCCAAAUGAAGAAUCUCAACUCAUUCGAGAGGAACACGAGAGGAGAAGGAAGCUGCGAAUACAACAGGUGCGGGAACAGGAGCGGUAUAUCGCUCUACAAAUCCGCACGGAGGUGCAACUGCGAAGGGAGCGCGAGCUACAAAACCUGGCAGAGGAGUUGAAGGGGGAGUGGGAGCAACAGCAGAGUGAGAAACUGGAGACCCUGCAAAAGUUAUACCAGGACAAUCUCCGAGUUUUGGGAGAGGGACAUAGAAGUGCCAAAGAAAAUGAGCCUGACUGGGAGGCAAUUGCACAGAAAAAUGAGGAGAAUCAUGUUCGGGCAGAUGAGCGCUAUCGAGUAGCCCUCAAAGAGCUCAAAUCACAGAGACAGAAAGAUCAGGAGGAACAAAAUCGUUUUAUUGAGGCUAGGAAGAAGUCCAUACAGGUGGAGAAGCAGAGGGCAGCAAAAGUGGCCAACUUCCCAUCCCUUCCACCCAACCCAAUUGAGAGUAUUGAGUCAAGGAAGCUGCAUGCAGUGAAGAAAUCAGACGUGGAUGCCUUCUCUGUGACUCACUAUCAUAUGCCAGAGACUGCAGUGGACAGGGAAGUCUACACAGAACAGCCAAACGCACAGGUGGCGGCAUUGGAGGAGAUGCAGCGCCUGCAGGAGCUAGGACAGGAGGAGCAGAGAGAGAGACGGGAGCAGCUGGAGAAGGCUCGUCUCAGGGGUAACCACGCGCUGAGGAGGGAACAGCUCACACAGGACCGAGAGCGCCUCCUGGUGGAGCUUGAGCACAUGCAUCAGACAGACCUUUUGAGGCGCAGGCAGGUGAUGGCUCAGAUGCCUGCCCAGAUCUUCCAGCCGCUCCACAAGAGACAGGAGAUGAGGGAGGACUGGCAGAGGGAUAUGGAGUUCGCCUUCGAGGACAUGUACACUGGAGAGAGGAGAGUGAAAGGUGACCUGGUGCUGCAGCUGGUCCCAGAGCCUCUCCUAGCUGUGUCCACUGGCAGCCAGGAUGAAGACCUAGACCUGACCCAGGAGGCCACCCCUGACCUUACACCCUUGGCUGGGGCAGAGGAACAACAGAAUGAAGAACCAUCCAGGCCUCUAGGUGGCGCUCCCAGACAGGCCUUGAAGAAACUAUUGACCCGCAUCCGGUCACAGAGAGACCAGUGGAGCUACCGGAGGCUGGUUGAACCCCCAGGUGACUGCCGAACUACUCCGACAGCAGAGUGCGACACGUCCGCAGGCAUUAUGACCAUUGAGACAGGUUCUCUGGCCAGUGAGGAGAGGGGUCGUCCUUUGACCACUAUUUCCAGACUCCCAGACCCCUCUCAGCCAGCCCAAGCUAUAGAGACAACAGAAGAGUCCAUAGUGGCUGGUACCCUGCUCCAUCCUGAUAAACAAGCCAUCAAGAUCCACACAUUUGAAACCGAGAGGAAGAGGAGGGAGGAGGAGCUGGAGAGGCAAAAGCAGGAGCAGAUAGCCCUGCUACAGGAGUUAGAGGAGAAGAAGAGCAGGCUGGAGCUGCUGCUGCAGGAGGCCCAGCAAGAGAGAGAGCAGCUGCAGACGGCCAUGAACCAGGACACUCCUGCUGCCUCUGGAACACAGAAAACACCAGCCCAAGACGUCAGCCCUGCUGCUCCAACUCCCGAGUCUACUAUACACUCAGCUGCUGAGGAUGACCACUCCAGGAGAAUCAGAGAGCAUCAGCAGCGUCUCUUUGACCAGAACAGGCUUCAUAAGCAGUCUGUGGAGGAGGCUCGCCGGCGUCUGGAAGGGUACCAACGCACGCUAAGAAACCGCUACUCUGGUCAAACUAGCUCAACAUGUCUCCCUCCUGGUACCACAGCCCGUCUUCUACCACACUUUAAAGGAGGAAUCAAUCCCCUGGCAGUGCCCCUAGAACUCCCCUCUGGUUCUGCCCUGCUCCCCUGUCUCCCGGUAGCAGUUAGUCCCCACUCUAGAGCUCACACCCCUUUGGACCUCCCCACACAGGAGCCCUCCAUCUUGGCUCAAACUCUCUUCCUCCCUGGCACUACAGUUGCCUCGCAUAUUAACUCCAGAACCUCACCAGUGCAGCUAGAACCCACCUUUGAAAGCCUAAGGGACCAAAGAGCAGGUGUAUGGCUGGCGGAAAAUGUGUUUAGUAGGGUCACAGAGGAUGUCCCUGAGAAGCUACCUCCACCCUCUACCUCGUUAGACCCCCAGUCCUACAGACCACAUCCUGUUUCCCUCCACCCUACUCCACACAUCCCACUCCCAUCAAGAACUGACCCCAUCCCACCCAUCAGCCCAACCCUUUCAGAAGUGGGGGCCCCGGUAAAUCCUGGGUCUGUCCUGCGGGCCCCGGACAAGUUUGGGGAGGAGGUGGAGAGGCAGAGGCAGGAGCUACGGGAGGCCCAGCGGCGGGUGGAGGCCCAGAGGGAGGUGCUCUUCAUGCAGCAGAGGGAACUGGAGGAGGAACAGAGGGAGCAGAGGAGGAGACAGAGGGAGGUGUUACAGGCAUUGCUCACUGCUGAUGACACACAGCCUGGUCCAGAGACCACUGAUGGUUUGGGGUCAGAAGUCCUGGGGUCAGAGCGUCUCCGUCUGAUGGCAGCUCUGCUUCGGGCCAUCGAGGAGUCCAAUGGGCAAACCUCAACAUCGGUAGAGACCAGUCAGAGCCAAGAUGACACACUCUACGUCCAGAGUUCACACUCAGACAGACCCGCCCCUCACCCACUCCCCCACCCCCGGGCAGCCAAACCCCCGGUGGCCCGUGCCAGGCUGACCGUCACGGAGAUGACAGAGCAGCAUGAGCUCAGUGCCAUCCAGGAGGUGGAGACGCCAGCCAAUGCCAGCCUGAUCACAGAAGAGAGUGUGGCAGUAUCUAUUGAAAGGGCAAUCGCAGAAGAACAGGACCACUCGGGCCAUUCUGAAAGAGGUCACUCCAGCACCUCUGUGUCCAGUGCAUGGGAACACACAGCCGGGACUGGGAGUGAGACAUUAACCGGGUCUGGUAGAUCCAGCAAGCUGUCCUGGAGAGAGAGACUACAGCUGGAGGCUGGUGCCUCUCCUGGACCUGAUCCCACCACAGCACUCCCAGAACGGUCUUAUCACUCCUGUCAGUUUGGGAGAGGUGUCCUUGGUAAAUCUCCUACAGGGUUGGAGAGCCUGUCCUUCCAUUCAGCCUGUAGACCCUCAGAACCUGACUACCUGUCCUCUACCACCAUCUCUUCUGGAAGCUAUGCCACCACGGACCCUGAACACACCUCCACGGACCCUGAACACACCUCCACGGACCCUGAACACACCUCCACGGACCCUGAACACACCUCCACGGACCCUGAACACACCUCCACCCAAAUAGGAGGAGGAACAAAUAAAAAGAUAUCGGUCAAUGGCUCCUCUUCAUCAAGACACAGUUCCUGUAGGGGUGUAUCUGGUACCAUUUUAGACUCCCUCAUACACAGCAGCAGUAUCCAGCGCAUCAUAGACAAAUACACCAGGGAGCUCAACUUUUCUCUUAAUACUGCUGGGAACCAGACGGGUCCAUCUGCAGUACUAGAGGAGUCAGUGUUUGAGGAGCCAAGCUCCUCUGUGUCGCAGCAGAAGCCCUGGUCUAAGCUACUGCAGGAGAAUGAGGGACCAGACAGGUCACCUGUUUGGGAGUCAGGAGCUCAGGGGCAGGACCAGGAAUGGGACAACACUGUCAACCGUAUCAUGGAUCGCCUCUCAGACAAGUCCCCCUCAUUGGUUCUGGACCAGGGGCGGGACUCCACUUUCAGCCCAAUGACUGGCCAGCCCUCAGAUAAGUCAUCCUCGCCGGGCCAAGGUUGGGACUCUACUUUGAGCCGAAUGAUUGGCCAGCUCUCAGGUCAAUCAACCUCACUGGACCACGGGUGGGAUUCGACUUUGAGCAGAAUGAUUGGCGGGCUCUCCAAUCAGUCAAUCUCUGUCAGCCAGCGACUGGACCAGUCAUCCCAGUGGCUAGAUGAAGUCCAGGAUGAGAGCCGGGUGAUGAGGCCUCUGGCUGGAGAGCUGGAUGAGUCUGCUGCCCAAUGGAGUGGCAGCUCAGAAGCUGGUGGUUCUAACUCCCUAAGCUGGGUGGAUCUGAGGGUCUCGGGCCAGACAGGAGUGUUUUCUGAUCAAGAGGGAGCCCCUGAAUCCCAGUUACUGAGCAGCUCCUCUCUCCCUGGACGGGAGCCUCCACACUACCAGAGCCUGCAGCACUCUGGGGCCUGUUCCCAGGAAGCAGACAGGACUGGGGUGGAUCCAGCCUCGGACUCCUUCCACCCCCUCCUGGCUGAGGUCACGCAUAACGAGACAGCCGAACCCUUCAUGACCUUUCACCUUCCAGAAGAGGAAGUGGAGGGGCUAUGUUCCCACGACGAAGAUGGUGACCAUGAAGCACCUGCAGGGGACCUUGAGCUCUCUGCAUGCUCAGAGGAGUUUGAGGAUGACACAGACCCCUCUGUCACCUCUGAACCGUCUCCUGAGCGCCUGAGAGGAGCGGAGGAACCACCACAGCCCUCGCCCGCCCUGCACGACUCCUUGUACCAGCUGACCAUAUCCCAGUGCCUCCCCCAUGACUCUGCCCUGCAGGUAUCCCCUGGAGCGGAGGAGGUUGGUCUAGCAGCCUGUGAAGAUGUCUCCACUUUGGACAUACCACUUGAAGGAGGGGACACUGAUAUGGAGAGUACACCAACACCUCAGAGACUUGACAAAGGAGGUGCUAUUAAAAUUGAGGUCCUGGAUGCAGGAGAGCCAGAUGACCAGCUAUGUUCAGAGUCAAAGAUCAGCCCUCCCAUCUGGGAGAGAAUAAUGGAGGUGGGCAGUGUGAAGGGGAUUAUGGAUGAGUCCAUGCUGACCCUGGUGAGCCUGACAGACACCACACUACAGGGCCAGGAACUCACUGAGGAAGGAGAGAUAGAGGAAUCAAAGUCGACGAUGUUGCCAGAGGAGGACGCCAGUCUACAGGAGAAAGAGACAACCCCCUCUCAUGCAGUGAUGCUACUGGAGUUCCAGUCGUGUCCCAGCGUGAAUCUACAGGAGGCCUUCCAGCAGAAAUGCAGAGCCCUGAUUCAGAGGUCUGCCCGCAGGGUGGAGGAGAUUCAAGCCAAGAGGGAUGAAGCCAGAGCCAACACAACCACCAGGGCCCAGUCUGACAUCAAUGAGAGUAGGGCCAACACAACCACCAGGGCCCAGUCUGACCCAACCACUGUUCAGUCAACCACUUCUAAACCCAGGAGAGAGGGGAGGAGUGCAGAGUCAACCCAUGCAGGAGGAUAUGCCAAGCAGAAAAAGCAACAGCCAAAGCCCCAAACUCCCUUGCAGCCUCCCAUGCUAGCCAAGCUGAAGAAGGUUGGGGAGGUGAGGAUCAGCACUCCUGAGAUAAGGAAACAGGACGUGGCUGAGAUGCAUAAGAGAACAGAGAGGUUGUAUAGCCGACUAGAUGAGGUGAAGCUUCAGAAGGAGGUCAGGAGCAGACAGGUGGCAUAUGCCAACAACAGGGAGAAGGCCAAAGAGUUUCAUAAGAAAACCUUACAGAAGCUACGGGGCAAGCAGUCUUCGCAAUGAUUUUGAAGAUCGAUUGCUGUUGUCAUGUGUGUUUGCACAUAUUUUGUACUUGCGUGUAUACAUGUAUUUUUGUGCAAUUUGUAAUCAGUAAUUUAAAAGAUAAUAUUUGUAAUAAAGUGUAUAUACAUAAA